ACAAUUUUAUUAUUCCAACAGCUGAUAAUUUUUACGUUAUAGAUAUACAUAUAAGUAUAUAUAAUAAUCUUAUUCACGUGCGCGACGUGCUUUGAAACCAACUUUCAGCCCGACUAACGUAGUAAAUAAGCAAUCGAACGGAAAGAGUCAAAGCAGCGCCUCAUUGACAGGCCCAUGGCGGCCGCUUGUGUGAGCACAUGAGCCCGGACUCGCGUGGCUUUUAAAAAAACACACGGCCAAGUGUCUUGAAACUAGUGAAAAUCAUUGUUUAUUUACGUAAAAAUGGGCUCGACGGUGCUCGAGUGCUUCCCGAAGCUGCUCCGUGAUAACGCCGGCGAACGACUGGACGGAGCUUUCAAGCUGAUCCAGCAUCUGUCCCGAGAAGCCCAGGAAAAUGGAGAGAGCAAAGAGCUCAAUCAUGUGCUCAACAGAUUGGUCAGAGGCCUCGGGUCUUCCAAAGUCUCUUCGAGAAAGGGAUUUUACUCGACCCUGACAGUUUACUUAGCUCUCAAUCCUGAUGUAACAUUAGAAAGAAUAUUUGGUAUCAUGGAUAAUGAACUAAAAACUAGUUCCAGCAACAGCAAAGGCGAAUUUGCUGAUAUCAGCAAUGGACGUAUUUUAGCUUGUGGAGCUAUUAUUCGCUCCAAAAUGAUCAAGACAUGCUCUGUUGAAGAGCAGCAAAAAGUCUUGGAAUGUCUGAUACAUGCUGGAAAACAGAGAAGUUAUUUGGGUUUCGAGUCUGUAUCUUUUAUAAUCGAAUUUUUGAAUCAACUUGAAGAUGAUGAGUCACUGAAGGCAGUUUGGCCAGUUCUUGAGCAAGGAAUUUGCAAACCAUUUAAAGAACAAACUUUGGAUACAUUUUAUGCACUUCUGGUAGUGCAAGAUAAGUUUCCUGGAGUCCUCUCUAAAAAGGUUCUGAAGAAGACCUUUGGUAGUGAAAAUAUUAUAAAUGAAGAGUCCAUGAAAGAUAUAUUAAAAAUACUAACAGAUAUACCUAGAGUUAUUAGCUAUAAGCAUCCAGUUUACAAAAUAUUUUGUGAGAAGUUAAUAGCAACUGAACUUGUUGAACAGUUUUGGAAUGGUAUUGAUGAGUGUUUCAUAAAACCAUCAAAAACAGACGAGUACCUAGGUGUAGAACUUUUUAACUUGUUGCUUGAAGUAAUAACAAAUAAGUCCACUAUUCCUGUCUUGCUAUCUCCAAACUUUUUAAAGUACAUGCUCAAGAGGUUCUCAAAUAAUGCAAAACACAAAAUUGACGAGGUUGCAGUAGGAUUCAGAAAAGCUCUCACCCAAUUGGUAACAGUACUUGGCAAAGAUGUUAAGGCAAAAUUACAUCUAUCAGUCAUUAAGAAAUUAAUCCUUUAUCCUGGCGAUUUGUUAAUUGAAAAAAUAACCAGCACUAAAGUCCUUCAAAUGUUAACAAAUAACCUGAACGCUGACGGCGUUAGAAAACUGUCCAAUUUGUACCGAGAGAUAGCGGCGAAUACGAAAUUCAAAGAGAAGCCAAAUUCUGAACCUGAACCUUGGACGAAUGCCGAAAGAACUUAUGCCAUACAAAUGCUGAGUGUCAAACUUUUGAGCCAUUCAGAAAUUGCUUCUGAUCACGAAUGGAGAAUUGAGCAGCUAAAAUUCUUGUUCAAUCUUGGUCUAUGCGAAGUAUCCAAUGUUGGAGUUGAAUUGGCUCCUCACGCAAGAGAAAGUUUCUACCGAGCCCUCGACCACAAGCUGCCAAAGUUAGACGAUGUGCGAAUGGUGCUUAGCUCACUGAUCGUCCAUAUUGACGAAUCGCUAUUCAAAAACUCUUCUCUCACAUUGAGAUCGCCCCUGGACGAAGCAGCGACGGAAGCGUGGAAAAAGAUGAUGAAGCAUGUAAAAAAGUUGGAAAAGGAUUCUGAUACGAACAAGAUUAGUGCUGUCUUCCACACGAUGAACUUACACAUGGGUCUUCAGCUCUUCUCUGACCCAGAGAUGGCCGUCUCCUCUGUCAACGAAUUGCACAGUUGCCACGAGCAUCUCAAGGCCAAAAAGAAAUCGCAGAAAAAAAAUAACAGCGUCGUGUCGGAUGAUGAGCCCGAAUGGGUGGAAGUUGUAGUAGAUCUGCUUCUGUCCCUCCUCUCGAGGAAGAGUCAUCUACUUCGCUCGCUAGUAGGCUGUGUGUUCCCACACAUCUGUCCUCAUCUAACACCCAGCGCUAUCCAUCAAAUCCUUGCGAUCCUAGACGUCAAGAGCGGCAAGAAUCCGCUGAGCACAUCCAAGGACGGCGAUGAGUCCGAAUCGGAUGAUGAAUCGGCCGAUGAGGAGAACGAGGACGAGGAUGAGGAGAACAGCGACGAAGAAAAUGCUGAGGAAAUCGAAGAAGAAAGCGAUUCGGAUGUCGAUGAGUCGGAGUUCGAAGAAGACGAGACUGUCACAGAUAGGUUGAGGCUCGCCGUAAGACAAGCUCUGGGUAACGCAACAAUGCAAACUGACGACGAGGACAUUGACGUCGAUAACAUCAACGAGGAAGAAGGCAAACGUCUGGAUGAGUCUCUUGCCGCGGCUUUUAGAAUUCUGAAGGAAAACCGUAAGAGUCAGACUAAGAAGCAAGAAAAGAGUGCUCAAGCCCUCACGCAUUUCAGGGUCAGGGCGAUCGAUCUGCUGGAGACCUAUAUAGAGACUGGACCAUCCAUGGCUCUGGCAUUGGAUAUGCUGGUGCCACUGUUUUCGCUAUUGGAGUUUGCUAUCAAAGAUCCACAUCAGAAGCCUUUGGAGAACAGGGUGAGGACCUGUUUGAAGAAACUGGCAGGUGUAAAGAAAUUCAAGAGCGUUGAGGAUGUUGACGAGGAACUUUUGACUACUGUUCUUAAGGCGCUAAUUGAGAAAGGAGAGAGAUCGGCAUCAAUCUGCCAAGAAAUGGGCGACAAACUGGCCGAAUGCUGCGUAUUCCUCGUCAGGUGCUCGCAGCAGACGAAUAUUUCCACUGACGCGUUUGUUCAGAUAUUCGGUGAAAACUUGACCGCAUUUUUCAAAAAACGCGACUGCAUCCUUCCGGCAAUUUUAUUCAAAAGUUUAUUACAGCUUUGUUGGGUUGGAAAUUGGCAUCUUGCUCCUCUUUUGGUGAAUUUUGCCUUUGACGAAUCCAUCAGGUCUUACAGAAGAGGACAAGCUUUGGAGUUACUCAAAGUUUUUUACAAUAACAUCAGGACGAUCACCUCCGACGAUCACAAAGACAAGAGGCUCACAAUGGAAAAGAAACUGUGUAAAUCGAGCAUAAAUGUACUUCUUGAGUUAAGCGCUGUACAGGGAACUGAAAACGGGAAAACGGUUUCUAAUGUAGGAAAGGAAAUUAAACAAAAAUACGUUUGUCACCUCUUUACACUUUUGUUUACGGUACAUGCACACCACAUACCUGAAGCAUGGGACUGGAAGAAAAUAGGAGAAAGUAUGGCUAAUUACAGGUCCACAAUCACGUUAGCUAAGGAUGCCAAAAGUGCUUAUAAUAGGUUGGCUAACCGAAUCGGUGCUCCUGUUGUAGUUCAAAAGAAACAGACUGUCGAGAAAACUAGACUGAGCAAUGGAAAUCUAGACUCAGAAUCGGAAGAAGACAGUUCAGACGAUGAAAACGAGGUAGCAACAAACGGUGACUCGGAAUCGCCUGACAAAAAAUCAAAAAAAAAUGACAAGAAGAGGAAAAAGAAUAGCAGCAUGAAGAAGGAAAAACAGAAACUAAAGAAAGAAGCUCGUGAAUUAAGGGCGAAAGCCAUGUCAGAGGGUUUAGAAUCCAUAGAUUUCAGCACUGUCAGUAUACCCAACGGUGUAACUGACGAGCCGAUGGAAAACGGAAAUGCAGAGGUCGCGGAGGAAGAGAAGACGCCCGAUAAAGCUAAGAAAGCUAAGAGGCCCAACUUGAACACGUCGGAUGUUCCUAGCAAAAAGAAAAAAAAAGCUGUGAAAAGUGGUGAUUAGGUCAAUAUAAAAUUUUUACAAAGUUUAUAUUGAUACAGACGAACUGGAAGUGAAAAAGCCUUGAUUGUUAUUUUUUAUAUACAUUUAUGUAUGAAGUAUAUCUGUACAUAACACAUACGAAUAAACAACAAUCGCUAUUAUAUUUAGUAAUAUAAUGAAAUGUGUCACUUGGAAAA